UGUAAUUUAAAUUGGCGCAAUUUAAAACAAAUGAAGUUAAAAAUAAUUGUUAAUAGAAUAUAAUAAUAAGGAAAUUUUGGUGUUUAAAAAUUAGAAUUAUAUAAAAAUAUUAAAUAAAUUAUAGAAAUGUUUUUUAAACGUUCAACAUUGCGUUAUGCUCAUACAAAUGGUCAUACUCAUUGCACUUACACGGACGAUGGAAGCACGAUAAUCACCUGUGGAUCUGACGGUGACAUGAGAACAUGGGAAGGUAUUGAUGAUGAUGAUCCCAGUUCAAAAUGUUUGGGAGAAUUUAUUGUUUGUAUUCUUCAUUAUGAAAACAGAAUAUUGGUAUCGACAGAUUUAAAUACAGUACAAGCUUAUAACUACCCAGAUAUUACAAGAGAUGGCACAGAAUUUCGUUUUACAGCUCCAGCUAAUUGUAUUGCUCUUAAUAAAGAUUAUAUAGCAGCUGGAUCAGAAGAUACUGAUAUUAAAGUUUUAAGGAGAGAUAAAUCUGACAGUGAGAUUAUUUUUCAAGGGCACAGUGGACCCAUCCUUUCGCUAGAUUUAAGUAUCCAAAAUAUUUUAGCUUCUGUUUCUGGCGAUGGUACUUUGAAAUUAUGGGAUUUAAAUGAAAAAAUUGAAAUUAAAACUUUUGAUGGGUUUCCUAAAGUACGAAGUCUUGAAGAAGUUAAAUGCUAUGGAAGCCCAUCAUUUGAACCAUUAAAAGGUGAUUCAUUGGCUUUUUGUAAAGGAAAGGAAAUAAUAAUUGUUAAUACGGCCACUUUUGAAAUUCAGUUCACCUUGUCAGAUGACAAAAUCACUUCUGAUUAUUCUCAUUGUAAAUUUUCAAGCAACGGAGAUUUCAUAGUAGCUGGAACCCGGGGCGGUGAAAUUUCUAUGUGGAAUUUUGCAAAAAGGCAGUUAGUACAAGGAGAAACUGCAAAUUCAGAAUGUCAAAGCAUAACAUCUAUUUGUUGGAAUCCUAAGAAUAAUGGUGAAAUUGCAUAUUGCGACUCUACAGGUCAAUUAGGAAUUAUUUCGACUGAUUGCACUGAAAGCUUAUCCAAAAAAGAAAGAGCUAAAGAAUAUUUAGAAAAUUUAGAGGACAAUGUAAUGAAUAAUUUUGAAAUUGAAGAUGAUGGGCUUCCUGGAGGUGAGUUCCCAGAAGAAAAUGAUGACGGAAUUUCUCUAGAAAAAUUAAAAAAUGAUACUUUAAAGGCUAACGGUCUUGAUAUUAACGAUAACGAUGAUAAAGAUUUUGAAACAAAAAGUAUUCCAUCAAUAAGUGACACAGAUCAUAGGAUCUUCACCAAAAAAUUUAAACAACAAGAGCCAUUUCAACCAGGAGCGGCACCAGAUGAUUUGGAUGAUCGUUAUUUGGUUUGGAAUAAUAUAGGAAUUGUACGCUCCAUCAAUUCGGAUGAUGAAAAUUCAAUACACAUAGAAUUUCACGAUGUUACAACUCACCAUGCUCUCCAUAUUAACAAUUAUUGGAAUCAUAAUAUGGCUGCUCUAAGCUCAACAGUUUUAGCACUAAGCAGCUAUAAUUGUAGUAAAUUUGUAUGCAUAUUACUUGGUGGCAUAGGGAGUCGUGAAUGGUCUGCAGAAUUGCCGAAUUGCGAAGGGAUUCAAGCUAUUACAGCUACAGAUAAUAUAGUUGCGGUCGCUACAGAUAAUAGAUUUCUUCGAAUAUUUACUGCAAUGGGAACUCAACGAGAAGUUAUAUCAGUACCUGGUCCUGUACUAUCUAUAUGCGGAAGGGACAAUAAACUUUUUGUAACUUAUCAUUUUGCUCCAGCAACUGAAGACCAACAUAUUUCUGCUUUAUUUAUUCAAGUAUUUGGUCCCACAUUAAGAACAAAAGACAUAAGAGUUCCUUUAACGCCAGAGAAAAAACUCACUUGGAUUGGAUUUUCUGACAGAGGAUCUCCAGUUAGUAGUGAUACCAUGGGACUGGUUCAAAUGUACUCUUCUAAAACUGGUUGCUGGUAUCCAAUAUGUGAUACAAUGAAACACACUCAGAGUAUUUCAAACAAUUUCUAUUUAAUCGAAAUACUCGAAAGUACCCAACAAAUUCAAGCAGUUCUUUGUAGAGGAUCAACCUAUCCACCUACAACUCCAAGACCUAUGGUGUCAGAACUCCAAAUGGAGGUUCCGCUUUGCGCAGACGACUCCCAGAAAUCAAAAUUCGAAGAAAAUUUAAUAAGACUUCAUACAUUCAACGUUGAAAAUUCUGAAAGACUAGUUAAAGAAAUUGCUUUGAAAUUAUUCGCAUUGGCUUGCCAUGCAGAGUUGGAAAGACGAGCUAAAGAGCUAAUAGAAAUGAUAGGCUCUACCGCAAUAUUACCUAUGGCUAUAAAAUAUGCGGCAAGCAUUGGUCGUAUUCACUUGGCGGAUAGAUUAUCUGAAAUGAGAGAAACAGUUGAGGAACAGGAAAAACAAAUAGAAAAGGAGGAAGUUGAUAACGAAACUGGUGCUUUUAGCGUGUUACAAAAUUAUACCCCAAAUCUUCUAACAUCAAUAAAUAAAGCAACAAUUACACCAAAAUCAGUUAUAUCACCUAAACCAAUGGUUCUUGGUUCAAAAAGAAACCCAUUUAAAAGAUCUGCUAAUUUUGAAUCAAAAAAAAUAAGUAAUAGUGCAGAAAAUCCUUUAAGUCAUUUGGUAGAGAAAGCAUUAGGAUUAGAAAUGAACAAAAGCCAAUUGGAGCAAACAACUUCCACUCAACAAAGUGUUGAUACUGAAAUUGAGGAAAUUCCACCUACACCAAAUAACGAAAAUAUAUCUAAGAAUGGACAGACAAAUUUUAUGACUUGGUUCAAUAUUAAUAAGGAAAAAUUGAAAAAUUCAAAUCCAGAAUUAACGAAUGCCGAAUUAACUAAAUUAGGAAUGAAGGAAUAUAAAAAAUCAAGUUGCAAUAAUAAUAAUAUUGUUAAUAGUAAAAAUAAUAAUGAUAAUAAUGGUGAACAAAAUGAUAAAUUAAACAAUAAUAACCAGAAAAGCAACAAUAUUUUCACAAACGUAGGCAAAAGGAAAUUGAACGAUGAUACGAUUGAAAAGCAAUCAGGUGUUGCCAAACUUGCAAAAUUUACUUUUAAAGAUUAAAAUAAUACAAAAUUCAAUACUAAGUUAUUUUUAA